UCCGAGGCGUUCAGGGGCCGACAUUUAGGAUCGACAUGUCGCUGCGAUACCAAAACAAAGUGGUGAUUGUGACCGGAGGGUCCAAAGGGAUCGGGAGAGGCAUCGUCAGAGUGUUUGUGGAGAAUGGAGCCAAAGUGGUGUUCUGUGCAAGAGGAGGUGCAGCAGGUGAGUCUCUGGAGGCGGAGCUAAACGGCGCCGGUGCGGGAUCCUGCAGGUUCGUCCGGUGCGACGUCUCCAAGGAGGACGACAUCAAGAGACUGGUCGCGGUCGCGGUGGAGCACUAUGGAGCCGUGGACUGCCUGGUCAACAACGCCGGGUGGCACCCGCCUCAUAAACCCACCGAUGACACCCCGGGAGAGGAGUUCAGGGACCUGCUGAAUCUGAACCUCGUCAACUACUUCCUGGCCUCCAAAUAUGCGUUGCCUUACCUGCGACAGCGUCAGGGAAACAUCAUCAACGUGUCCAGUCUGACUGCGACCAUCGGCCAGAGAGACGCUGCGCCGUACGUCGCCACCAAGGGGGCGAUCGUGUCCAUGACAAAGGCGAUGGCCGUGGACGAGAGUCUCCACAACGUGAGAGUGAACUGCAUCUCUCCCGGCAACGUUCUGACGCCUCUGUGGGAGGAGUUAGCCGCUCUGACGCCGGACGCCGCCGCCACCAUCAAACUGGCAGAAAGCCACCAGGCACUCCAUGGACGCCUGGUUCAGGCCCUCCCCCUGUCCCUCGGCGGGGUCCGCUCCGCCAGCUCCUUCAAGGCGUCUGACCUGGUGGUGGAGCGCAGCGCCUCCUGCGGGCCGAAGCCCGACCCGUCCUCUCUGGUGUUCGGUAAACAUUUCUCGGACCACAUGUUGACCAUCAGCUGGUCGGCGGCGGGCGGCUGGGAGGCGCCGCACAUCAAACCGUUCCAGAACCUGUCGCUGCACCCGGCCAGCUCCGCCCUGCACUACUCCAUCGAGCUGUUUGAGGGCAUGAAGGCGUUCCGCGGCGAGGACAACCACAUCCGCCUCUUCAGGCCGAUGCUGAACAUGGAGAGGAUGCACCGCAGCGCCCACAGGAGCAGCCUGCCCCUCUAUGACCAGGAGGAGCUGCUGACGUGCAUCAAGAAGCUGGUGGAGCUGGACCAGGACUGGGUCCCCUUCUCCCAGGACGCCAGCCUCUACAUCAGGCCCACCUUCAUCGGGACCGAGCCGUCCCUGGGCGUGUCUCCUCCCACCCAGGCGAUGAUCUUUGUGAUCGUGGGCCCGGUGGGUCCGUACUUCUCCACCGGCUCCUUCAGCCCGGUGUCGCUGCUGGCCGACCCGUCCUUCGUGAGGGCGUGGCGAGGAGGCGUGGGCGCCUACAAGAUGGGGGGUAACUACGGGCCCACCAUCGCGGUGCAGAACGAGGCGUUGAAGCGCGGCUGCCAGCAGGUCCUGUGGCUGUACGGCGAGAAGGAGGAGAUCACCGAGGUCGGCACCAUGAACCUCUUCAUCUACUGGACCAAUGAGAAAGGAGAGAAAGAGUUGUUCACCCCUCCUCUGGAUGGCAUCAUCCUCCCGGGAGUCACCAGACAGUCUCUGCUGGACUUGGCCAGAUCCUGGGGCGAGUUCAAGGUGACGGAGCGCACCAUGGGCAUGAAGGAGCUGCUGGGGGCUCUGGAGGCCGGCAGAAUCCUGGAGGUGUUCGGGGCCGGGACGGCCUGCGUGGUGUGCCCCGUCGGCAGCCUCCUCUACGGGGAAAAGACCUAUGAGAUCCCCACCAUGCAGAACGGUCCGGACCUGGCGAAGCGGUUCCACAAGGAGCUCACUGACAUUCAGUACGGACGCAAGGCGAGCGACUGGGCGCCACUGGUCGUCUAACGGCGACAUUGCACACGCCAGUAGAAUCAACAGUUACAGCCCCCCCCCCCCCUCUAAAUCCACUAAUGCACUCCUGCUGCCCCACCAGCCGAGGACACGGGUUGAUUCUCCGUCUGUCUCCUCGGCCGACCUUUUCCUCGUUUCCUUUCCUUUCUGUUGUUUGAAUAACAACAACAACCAUGUGCAAUGUUUUGACCUUUGACCCCCCCCCCCCGAGGUUCGUGUCGUUGGAAGGGAAAGAAAACGAGCGACUGCAGCCAGACGAUUAAAACAUAAAGAUGUAAUAUUAUUUUGUAUAUCGCACAACAUUCAAAUCUGUCGGCUAAUUGGGUCAACGUACAAAAAGAAUACUCGCGUAAUCACUCCUUUAACUCCUCUUGAGGGCGCCGCUUCUAGUUUACAGCACAAACGUUCAUUUUAACCAGCAUUCUGUCAUUCAUCACUUUUUUUAUUUUAAAAAUGCACAAAAUGUAUUUUUAGAACAAUUUUGCACGAUUUAAAAGUAGCGAUAUAUAUAUAUAUAUUCCAUGUUUCUGUGUGCCGCCGUUCCCAUCAACACGUGAGUUAAAAAUGCAUUUCCCAAAAAGGAAAAUAUUAUAUGAACGUGCACUUCUUGUUUGCGUAACUGUUACCUGCGAGUCGUAGAAGAGAAGAAAGAAGGAUGACUGUUACACGCCGAAGUCUCUCCUGCACUGAUGCUGGGUGUGUGAUCACUAUGGAAACCAUGGACCGCGUACUCCUCUUAUUUUAGAGGUUUUUAAAACCGUAUUUCUCGUCUCCUUUGGUGUAAGAUUUAGAAUAUUGUCUUCCGAAGUCUUUGACUGUCACCCGCGGGUGUUUUUGUUGUUUUCUUUUCCCUCGCUGGCUUUCCUUACUUGAAUAUGUUGAUCUUUUCACACACACACACACACACCUUAUUCCUCUCUUUCUCUCAAAGUGCCUGACCCUCGUCUGGAUCUUCUGCCACUGUUCUUAUUAUUUUGUCCAGUGUGUGGUAGCGGGAUUCUUUGGUAGUUGUUUUUAAAUGUGCUGUUACUUUACCUUCCGCUGUAAUGUUUUUACAAUAAACCUGAUCGGACUUUA